GGUUAUACUUUUUGAGUCAAAAAUUUUGACGUUUGAAUCAAAAUAUUUUAAAAUGGGCCUUUUUGGAAAAACUCCUGAAAGAAAUCCAAAGGAUAUGGUUACAGAAUGGAAUCAUAAACUACGAAAAGAAGGUUAUCAAUUGGAACGACAAAUCCGAGCCAUACAGCGUGAAGAAGAAAAAAUCAAAAGGUCUUUAAAGGAAGCAGCAAAGAAAAAUGAUAAAGAUACCUGUACAAUAUUGGCAAAAGAAAUUAUUAGAGCAAGAAAAGCUAUAAAUAAAAUUUAUACUUCUAAAGCACACAUAAAUUCGGUCUCUCUACAAAUGAAAAAUCAACUAGCUACUUUAAGAGUUGCUGGUUCUUUAUCCAAAUCUACAGAGGUAAUGCAAGCUAUGCAAAAACUUGUCAGAAUACCAGAAAUUGCACAAACAAUGCAAGAUAUGUCCAAGGAAAUGAUGAAAGCUGGAAUUAUUGAGGAAAUGUUGGAUGAGUCUAUGGAUGUUUUGGAAGACAGUGAAGAAGUUGAAGAAGCAGCACAAACUGAAGUUGAUAAAGUUCUUUGGGAAAUUACUGAAGGUAAAAUUGGUGAAGCUCCAUUACCACCCACAGAAGAAAAAUCUGUACCAGCUCCUGAAGAAGAGGAAGAAGACACAGAAGAAUUGGAAGAAAUGCAAAGCCGAUUGGCAGCAUUAAAAUCUUAAAUUAAAAAGGUAUAACAUUGUGAUGGUAUUAAUAUGCUUUAAUGAAUGCAAUCAAAUAUUGUUUGGUUGUUUAACCACAAAUUAAAUUUAAUUGCUUAUUAGGUUUUAAGUUAAUAAUUUAUUAAUAAGAUGAAACCUAUGUAAUAUAAAUAUAAAUAUAUUUG